AUGGAGGCGCUCCUCCGGUGGGCGGCUGAGCUGGGCGUAUCCGACUCCCCGUCCGCGCCCACCACAUCUACCACGACCUCCUCCUGCCUCGGCCGCUCCCUCGUCGUCGCUGAUUUCCCUGCCGCGGGCGGGAGGGGCUUCGCGGCGGCUCGGGACCUCCGGCGCGGCGAGCUGGUGUUGCGCGUGCCCCGCGCUGCCCUGCUCACCAGCGACCGCGUCAUGGCGGACGACCCCAGGAUUGCUUCCUGCGUAGAUGCCCAUCGCCCGCGCCUCUCUAGCAUCCAGAGACUGAUCGUAUGCUUAUUGGCUGAGGUGGGAAAGGGGAAGAGUUCUGGCUGGUACCUCUAUUUGUCUCAGCUGCCUACCUACUACACAAUCUUGGCUACCUUCAACAAUUUUGAAAUUGAAGCUCUCCAAGUUGAUGAUGCUAUUUGGGUUGCACAAAAAGUUCUUUCUGCCGUAAGAUCUGAGUGGGAAGAAGCAACACCGCUAAUGAGAGAAUUGGAUUUUAAACCAAAACUUUUGAUGUUUAAAACAUGGCUCUGGGCUUUUGCAACGGUAUCUUCACGGACGUUGCAUGUAGCAUGGGAUGAUGCUGGUUGCCUAUGUCCGAUAGGUGAUUUAUUUAAUUAUGCUGCUCCUGAUGAUGAUACUUCGUCUGAAGAGCAAGAUACAGAAGAAGCCAUGAAGUACCAGGAGAGAAAUGUUAUGUUGGAAGAGAUAAAGUUGGAUAGUUCAUCGGAAAGGAUGACAGAUGGGGGAUAUGAAGAUUCUAAUGCCUACUGUUUGUAUGCCCGAAAAAGAUAUAGGAAAGGGGAGCAGGUACUUCUGGGGUACGGGACAUACACAAACUUGGAACUUCUUGAACACUAUGGUUUUCUUUUGGAUGAGAACCCUAAUGAGAAAACUUACAUUCAGUUAGAUUCGGAGUUAUGUACUAUGGGUACAUGGCCAAAAGACUCCCUAUAUAUUCACCCAAACGGGCAUCCCUCAUUUGCAUUAUUAUGUGCAUUAAGGCUAGGGUCAACUCCUACAAACCGUCGAAAGUCCUUUAGUCACCAGAUCUACUCUGGAUCAAUGCUUUCUGUUGAAAAUGAGCUGGAGGUUUUGAAACGGUUGGGCAGCAAAUGUGUGGAAACUUUGCAGCAAUUGCCUACGACUGCUGAGUUGGAUGGGAGGCUGAUCCAUUUCCUACGCAGGCUACAGAACAGCACUAAUUGGAGAGCAGAUGUGGAGCAGUCGAGUUUCGGACAAGAAUUUGUCGUGUUUCUCCGGUUUCAUAGUCUGGACCUGGAUUGUACCCAGGAUCAGCUCCCAGUUCGACUCCUACGGUCUCUGGAGAGAUGGGAAUUAGCUGUCCGGUGGAGAUGUAGCUACAAGAUAGCUCUUACCAAGUGUGUUUUGUACUGUAAAUGUUUGAUUAAUGAGCUUUCCUUGCAAUAA